CACCGAUCAACGGAAAGAGCCGAAGAUGUCGGCUCGGUCAUGUGAUCAGCUGUGUCAAAUCACAGCUGAUCACAUCUGUCACGCUGACAGCUCGUGAGGAGAGGAGAGCCAGUAAUCGGCGUUCCUCAGUGGGGACAUGUACACAGAUCAUCAGAGCACUGAUGAUCAGUGUGCCCUGAUGAUCUGUGUAGCACCAGCAGUGCCACCUGUCAGUGUCCAUCAGUGCCACAUUUCAGUGCCCAUCUGUGCUUCCAUUCAGUGCCAGUCAAUGCCACCUAUCAGUGCCAGUCAGUGUCGCCUAUCAGUGUGCAUCAGUGCUGCCUAACAGUGCCGGUCAGUGCCACCUAACAGUGCCCAUCAGUGAUGCCUGUCAAUGCCCAUCAGUG